AUGCAUUUGCUGCAGUCAAUUCUCGGCUUGGUGCUCGUACUCGUGCAGAUUACAAUCACACAGGGCAUCGAGGCACGCGCCGGCGAUGACAAGACGGUUACGGAGACGACGACCGUCAGUGUCACCUCCACCCGCUCCGUCUCCGUCUCUGUCUCUGUCACGCACACCGUCACUGUCCCUGGGUCCGAGUCCAAACCUGCGCCCACUUCCACUCGCCAGGUCUCCGUGUCCUCGUCGCAUACCACGGCGACGUCAGCGAUUGCUACGCGCUCGGACCCCACCACGUCUGCUGAACACAUUUCCACCCCUGUCGUUACUCACUCUGUCUCUCCUUCGGCUUCGUCUCCUGCCCCUGCCUCUGAGACUGCAUCUGCCCUCACAUCGAGAGCGUCCGUGGAGACCGGUGCGGAGACCGUCGCGACCGCCCAGAGGACGACCGCGCUCGCAUCCAUCUCCGGCUCCAGCUCCGGCUCUGCACACGUCAGCUCAACCUCCGCUCGGUCUACGGCCGUCAACGCCUCGCCGAGCACGCUCAUCGUCAGCGCCUCCCUUGUGAAUGUGACCUCCUCUGCCCUCUCGAGCUCGAGCGCGGUGGCGACUGUCAUCUCGCCGCUCUCAAGCACCGCGCAGGGCGGGCCUACGCUCCCUAGCGGGUCGACGUUCCAGAACAACGGCGCGGGGAGGAUAUCCGCAGUUGGCGUCGGCCUGGGUGUCGUUCUGUGCGCGGCAGCGUGGGCUCUUUGA